UUCCGAAAAUAUUACCUCGGCCAGGUCUACACCAGCCUUUAUCUUUUGCACAAAAACUCCUUGUAGACCGGGUUUAAUGAGAAACAAUAACACAGUCGUAGAGAUCGGUUAGGUCACGCACAGUCACGCAGUCGAAACGGACUGAAAAGUCAGUGAAAAUGAACAGUUCAAAUUAGAGUCAGUGCGAGAACUUGCGAGGCGACAGGACAUCGAUACCGUGGUGCUAUAUUCAUCUUAGCUUGUGAAGUUGAGCUGAUAAAAAGGAAUAAAAGGAAAUCAGUAGCCGCAUCUGUCUGUAAACGCAAUAGCCUAAUAAUAUUAUCAUCUAGGCAGGGUCCAAAUAUUACUGAAAUAUGGUACGAUACAAUGCAGACUUUAUGCAGUCAAGUGAUGAAGACCAGGAGGAAAAGCAAAAUUCCAACAAGGAAGAAGUUGCGAAUAUUGCCACUAGAAGUAAUUCAGUAGAGGAACUGUUGGCGAAACUGACAGAAACUGAACGAUCUUCGUAUACUAGGAUAUAUUCUCGAACGCGAGUUGAAUUGACUACAAUUGAUUACACAUGGACAAUCGAAAAAUUCAUGUACUUUUCUGCAAGCGUAUGUACAUUGCUUUCGCCACCGUUUGCAGAAGACAAUCAAUACUCGAUUCAAAUGAAUAUUUCACGUCCAGCUGAUUCGCCAUUAAACACAACACAAUUUUAUAUGCGCACUAAUACAGAAUUGACCGGUUCAUGUACUACUACUGUAAAGUGCUGUUCUGAUACAGUUUUAGUGACAAAAUCGAUUUCGGGUUGUAUACGGGAUAUGACAUUGUUAAUUGAAAUCUGGAACUACGCGUACGUUUGUGUAGAAACGCUUACAGUAGAAUGCAAGUUUGUAUUUUUUCAUGAAGCGAUCAGUAACUCUAUAAAUAUGAAUUUACUACCACCCCCAGUAAUAUAUAAAUGCGUAAAACGUUCUGAGGAUUCAAACCUUGAAGGGUCUACAGAAGAAAGAGGGAAAUUCAAAUUUGUAGUGGGAGACAAAUCGUAUUUAAUACCAAAACACUUGUUGCGGGCCAUCAACAGUGCGUACUUUAAUAAUGUCUGUCUUACACUUAACGAAAACGAAAAAGAUAUAACAAAUGAAUUAACGGAGUGUGAGUUGCAAAGUUUUAAACAGAUGUUGGCAUUUAUUUUAACUGGCUCGGUAGGUACAUAUGAUUAUGAUAUGCUUAAAAAUUUGUUAAUGACAGCUGAUAAAUAUGGUGUAACAAGUUUAAAGUUAGCAUGUCAACAUUGUUUACUGUGCUGUAUUACGACUAAAAAUGCUAUAGAACUUCUACAGCUUGCGUUAUCAUGUACCGCCGCGGUUUUAGAAGAACAUUCGGCGGCUUUUAUUAAAUUUCACAUGAAAGAAAUGAAUAGUGAAGAAUUUGAAAGUCUACCGCCAGAAGAUUUAAAUAAGAUAAUGAACCCAAUCGAGAAAUGUCACAUACCUGAAAUCAGCACUCGUAAUUUUUGUUAUCGCGAGAAAUAGUUUUCUUGUUUGAUUGGAAAACAUUCCCAUUUUUUAUGAAUAUAUCUUUGAAUUGUUAAUGUAUCUAUGUUAGAAUUUGCAA